CCUCACGGAAAAACGGAAAACAUGGCUAAUCAACAAGGAUUGCAGCAGCGCGAGACUCUUGCGAGUGAGAUGCUGCAACAUCAACACAAUCAGCACCAUCAGGACGAGGAGGAAGAGGAGGAGGGUGGCAGCAUAAGUGUGCGACCGAAUGUUGCCGUUAAACGCAGAUACAGCGAGCUAAAGUGUGAGAGUGAUGAGGACGAUUUCGCAGGUUUCGAUGAGGAUGCCGCCAGCAGUGAAAACGGCACAAUAAAUUCUCCACGACCGCUGGAAGUUAUGUAUGAGGCGAUUUUGACAGCGGCUGAAAAAAAGUUGACGGAAAACAAUAAGCUUGUGGAGGACGACAGUGUACCCGAGCUGCAAAACAGUAUAAAGCAGGAAGAUAUGGACAUGAGCGCCACUGCUCUGAAUGAAAGUAAUAAAAGUUUGAUGAAGAGAAAGGUUAAUGUGCCGAUAAACACGCAAGAUGAUAUCUACAAAGUACCCUUCAAGUACGGUUGGAAGCGGGAACUGGUUUAUCGCGCCAACAUGGAAGGAAACAGCAAGGAUAAAGGCGAGGUGUAUUACAUUACCCCCAGUGGCAAGAAGCUACGUACACGGAAUGAUAUUGUGUCCGCCCUGCACGACGAUCUCACGAUGGACAAUUUUACCUUCGCAAAAGAACCUGUUGGGGGAACUCCAGAGGAAGAAACAAUAAGGAGCGCCAAAUCGUACAGUAAUGUACCCAAACGGUCCACGCCUGGUGCGGGGCAUUUUACGGCAAUGGAUACCGAUUUAGGAAAACGAAUUCCUAAACCGAAAAUGCCGAAAGGAGCUAGUCCUCCUUUGCCUUCUUACAACGCUCGAGCUAGUGCACUCAGCCAAGCACCAUCAUCAAAAUCGUCCCCUUUGAGCACUCAUAUCUCAACGAAAGCUAGCGCAACUGGUGCUAGUUUAUUAGUACCCGGUAGUGGGCAGCGUAGUAAUGCACAGGGAGCUACUACGGGAACAAUGAAAGGAGCGGAAAAUAUUGCUGUAGCUUCCGGAAAACAGUCAAAGUUAAGCGGCAAAACCAAGGUGGAAACUUGUACAAUCCAAUGUCUACCAGCGAUGGGAAUGAUACCGCAGUUGCAGUGUAUGGUGUGCUACUGUAUGUACCAUCCGGAAUGUGUGCAUGCUACGACAGCAGAAGCAUUAGCUCGACGAUUUACUUGCAAGAGCUGCAUGGAAGACUCUAUGGCAGCGGAAAUGCAGCACCAACAAACGUACAAAGAAUCGUUCGGGAAAUUUGGCACGAACACAAACGGAAAUGGUAACCUCAAUGCUACAAAGCCAUUGAUUGUCACCAACAACAACAAUGGUGGAUCACUUGCAACGAAACCGGUAGCGAAACCGCCACAGUUAAAUAGCACACCUAAGGAAAAGGGAAAGCGCUCUCAACAACAAACUGCUACCGGAUGCAAGACCGCCACUCCUGCGGCCAAUGCGUCAGCAGCUGCUGCUGACACAUCUGGUUUAAACAGCUCGACGCCCACAAAGGAUAUCCCUCCGCAAGAUGUUCUCGUUAUUGGCACCCAUGAAUAUGUGGUCAUUCCGAAGGGCAAACCAACAAGUGUGAAAAACAAAAAGUCUUCUUCUAAACCAACAAAUUCUCUACCUCAAACUGCAAUCAAAAGCUCGGAUGACGGUCGUAAAACGAAAAUCAAUGCUUCCAGCGGGUCCAACAACGCAAAGCAAACCAAUAUUGGAAACGACCGUGUUUCAGAAGAUGAUGCAUUUACGACAACGUGGGAAGGAACUCACGCGCACAGCAAUGCAAUCGUUGCACAAAGUGGAAGCGGCCGCCAUCCGUCCAAUUUUCUUUCGGACGUAUCGGCAGGCUACACCUGCUUGAUGUUGAGCUUCAACUAUCUUAAAGUACAAGAGCUUCUUCGCGCCUGCAGUGUAUGCCGCAUGUGGAACCAUUUAGGAAAUCAUCCCCGAUUUUGGAAGACGGUACGCAUGAAAAAUUCGUAUAUCAGCGAUUGGGCAGGAAUGAUCGCCAAGCUGCGCAAAAACGGUACAAAACAUCUUGAUUUACGUAAGGUAUUGAACGUCGGUAGCAAUGAUGAGAUGUGGCAAAGUUUUAACGAUCACAUAGGGCAAGCAGAUCAAAUCGAGGUAAUUGAUUUGUGUCGAUGCUCCUCGACGGUUGUGGGCAACCUGCUACGCUCCAACCCUAACCUGCGAGUGGUGAACGCGCUAGCAAUUAAAAAUGAUCCCAUCGAUUUUGUAAACUUUGAGCACGGUGUCAACUUGGAAGAGUUGCGCCUUAAAUCGUCAGCCGCCAUUUCACUCGAAGGCGAUCUGCAGCAGUUGGCUGCUUUGCGAAACUUGAAGCAUCUUUCACUUACCUCCAUAAGCAAGCUAGGCUCGACCUCAAUCGAUGCGUUAGGCUCUCUCGUUUUGCUAGAAUCGCUUGAGCUCGGCGAAUGCACCGAAAUGGGAUCGAAUCUUGCAAACGUGUUAACGAAUCUAACUUCUUUAAAACGGUUACGAUUAGAGAAAGGGCAGGAGAAUUUCGAUAUGUUUACCAUUCUGAACGGCAUAUCGAAAGCGAAAUCUUUAACACAGCUAGAGUUAAUUAAUUGCGAUGUAAAGUUGGGAUUCGAUCGACAUAUCGUGAACUGCACGAAUAUAAAGAAAUUGCUCAUCAUCCCUACGUACGUAUCGCAGUCAGCUGCAACGAAUCGUAUGGUUUUGAAAGGAAUUAUCAAGCUACACCAGACCCUAGAAACGGUGAUAUGGGCCAUCACUGUCGAACUGCUGCGUGUUACAGAGCUGUACAUCGAUGCGAAUGUAGAGGAUGCUGAAAAUCAGAUGGGAGGUAGCAUACCCAUCUUGAAACCGGUGCCCGGCAGUGAUGAUCCACCGUCUGCCGUUGGAACGCAGCUGGAUCUUCCCGAGGAGGUAGAAAUUGUGCCGCUGAAGCGAGUCGACUCAAUUUUGAAGCGUAAAGUUCCUAACAUCAAGCUUCAAAUACUGAAAAUACCUUUCAACAAUACCUGGAAGCAAACGAUGUGUGAUUCCUGUUGA